AAUACGAUGCCGUUUAGAUCCUUCCUGCAUCCUCUUCAAAAUAACCACCAAAAAGAUAAACACUGUAAAACCCUACUUCAAACAAUCAAGAGCCAAAACCCCUAAACAGUUUGAAAAAUGGGAAAAGUCCCACCUUCAUUGCGUUCAGCAGUCUCAACAACAGCUCUAUUAAGAAAACCAAACCCAUUUCCUCCACCUGAAAAACCCCAUUACCUUUCCAAGAAAACCAAGCUCCAGCUUUCCCAGAAAAUUCCAACUCCAAUCCAACAAAAACGCCUCUUCAAGUCACCAGAACUCAAUGAAGCCAAAGAAAUCUUCAAUUCUCUCAUUUCCACUACACGGGUCCCCCUAGACCUGCGUUUUCACCACUCUUUUCUCCAGUCUUACUCUUCAAUCUCCACCAUUGAUGAUUCAAUCUCUCUUCUCCGCCACAUGAUCAAAACACUCCCCUCCUUCACCCCUACCAUCUCAACUUACCAUAUUUUACUCUCCCAGUCCUGCAAAGCACCUGAUCCUACCCUCUCCCCAGUUCAUCAAAUUCUUAAUCUAAUGGUUAAUAAUGGCUUUAUGCCAACGCAAGUUACUGUAGAUAUUGCAGUAAGAGCUCUUUGUUCUGCUGGUAAAGAAGACGAUGCUGUUAAAUUAGUAAAAGAACUGUCUUUAAAACACUCAAAGCCUGAUUCUUUUACUUAUAAUUUUCUUGUCAAGUGUUUGUGCAAGUGUAGAGCUUUAAGUAAUGUUUAUAGUUUUAUUGAUGAAAUGAGAAGUUCGUUUGAUUUAGAACCUAAUCUUGUUACUUAUACUAUAUUGAUUGACAAUGUUUGUAAUUCGAAGAAUCUUCGCGAAGCUAUGAGAUUACUGGGCAUUUUAAGAGAGUGUGGAUUUAAGCCUGAUUGUUUUGUUUAUAAUACGAUCAUGAAAGGUUAUUGUAUGUUGAGUAAAGGGAGUGAUGCAAUUCAGGUUUUUAAGAAAAUGAAAGAGGAAGGGAUUGAGCCUGAUCUUAUUACGUAUAAUACCUUGAUUUUUGGGUUGUCGAAAGGUGGGAGAGUCAGUGAAGCUAAAAGGUAUUUGAAAAUUAUGGUUGAAUCAGGUCAUUUUCCUGAUGCUGUCACUUAUACUUCAUUGAUGAAUGGGUUGUGUAGAAAAGGUGAUGCAUUGGGUGCAUUGGCGCUUCUAGAGGAUAUGGAAAUGAAAGGGUGUAGUCCGAAUUCAUGCACUUAUAAUACAUUGCUUUAUGGGUUGUGCAAGGAGAGAUUGUUGGAGAAAGGAAUCGAGUUGUAUAAUGUGAUAAAAGAAGGUGGUAUGCUGCUUGACACUGCUUCUUAUGCUACGUUUGUAAGGGCACUUUGUAGGGAGGGUAAGGUUGCAGAGGCUUAUGAGGUGUUUGAUUAUGCAGUGGAGAGUAAAAGCUUAACUAAUGCUGCUGCUUACACGACAUUGGAGAGUACACUGAAGUGGCUGAAGAAAGCCAGAGAGCAAGGCCUUUCUGUCUAACUGGUAAAUUGUUGGUUGGAGUUGUCAACACCCUUUGCUUGGCUUGACAUGUAGCAGUUCUGCAUAACAGAAUUAAACAUGCUAGCAAAAACUAUCUUCAGUGUAGGAUGGUGGAAGCUACCGACAAGCGACAUAUAGCAAUCCUUCUAGCUGCUAAUGGAUAUAAUGCUUGGCUUGGAGAGAGAGAUCUUUGACUCCUUAACGAAGACCUCAAUGUUUCUAAGGUAAAUUGGGAAGUUUACAAUUCUUCCUAUUAACUACAAUCAUUGGUGCAUCAGCAUUUUGAGGCAUCACAUUUUUUUACAUGUGUCAUGUAUUGUUGAUUAGCUUAUAUGCGAUCACACAUGUAUCAUCAAGUUAUGGUAGAAUUUGAUUUUCCUUGUAAUGCAAAACUCUGUUCUUU